CUCGUUCAAUCCUCUUAAUCAUAAAUUUUCGAAGCUGCAGAUCGAGGUGGAUUUCCGAGAACAGACUUUCUUUCGCCACGUUUUUUGUCUGGACUCUAACAUCUGCUCCCCCUCCGGACCCCUUUCUUACCUCUAUCCCCGACCGAUAACUUCACCUCUUCCACUCACUCAGCAUUCCUUCUCUCUUCUAUGUUUGCAGUAGUGUCAUAUGCUACGGUCGCUCGUUAAACCCGCACAGUGCCAUUGAUUCCAUCGAUGACGACAUUCGCCUUGUCCCUGAAUAGACACCACCAUUUGGGAUACUAUGGGCGAGACUAACGAGCCUCCAAGGGACGAUGGAAAAACCAUUAACGCCCUUCAGGAACGUGUCCUGAGUGGAGGCAAGAAGCGGUUGCCGCCCUUUCUCGAUCAUUUCAACGCGCGCGACUUGAAGAUCCUCUUCCGCUGCUGGGUCGCAGCCUGGGUGGCUUGUCUGUUGUUUGUGAUCAGUCCAUCGCUGUCGAGCCUCGGACAAGCCACCUUCUUCGCAUGUCUGGUGUCGUUGAUUCUACCGCCCAGUAGUGUAAUUUUCAUCCACCUAUUAGGUGCGAUUUCCCUCUACCUGGGCGUAUGCUUAGCCUGGGCAUGGGGGGUCAUCACGAUGAAGGCAGCCUACGCGGCCAGGCCAUCUGCAGACACGCAGGCGCAGUUGUUGGCCCUGGAGCAGACAGCCGCACAGCAGGCCAAUGCGACCGGGCAAUCCGUCGCCAGCUUGGCCCAGAUUCUGGUCUAUGAAGGGCACAUGCUGGAUGCGCGAGUGACAGCUGUCACCUACUGUCUGAUUUGUACUUUCAUUUAUUUCAUGGCACGGCUGCGAGCGAGUAAUCCCAAAGCGACCUUCACCGCGAUCUUCGGCACCAUCAUCUCCGACUUGUUUCUCAUUUACAUCCCACUUCUUCCCUCGUUCAACGGCACUCUCCCUCUCACCCUUGCCAAACCGGCGGGCGUCGGCAUCGGCCUGGGCUUUGCCUGUUCAGUCUUGUUCUUCCCGCAAUCCACGUCGCGUGUCAUUCUCAACGGCAUGGAGGAGAUCAUCGAGCUGCUUACCCAUCCGCUGGCUUUCACCAUGGAGACUCUUGGCAAACGCGACCCAGACUUGGAUAUGGCUCUAUUGCGCCAAACCCAGAUUCGAAUCAUCGGCGAAUAUCGAAAGGCCGAGCCGGCCUUGGCCUUCUUACCGUUGGAUUUCUCGAUUGGUUGUUGGGGAGCGCAGCACGUUGGAGCUCUCAAAGAACCCAUCCGCCAAGCCAUCGGAGCUACCCUCUCUUUGCUUGAAUUUCACAUGAACCGUCUCUCCGGCAAGGCUCGCGCGAAGGAAGUCUUGCUCAAAUACGUGGAUCAGAUCGAAGCGAAGGACGAGAAGGUCAAAGGGUCACGUGAAGUCGGACGCCAUCAGCUCCAAGAGAUGGCACGUAUGCUGGAUGGACUGCGCAAUUCCGACACCGAGCCCAUUCCGGAAGAGACCUUGCAGGCCUUUGUCAGCACGGCAUCCAAGGCCAUUGAAGCAUGUGUGGUUGCACUCCACGCUGCGAAAGAUUGCAUUCAUAUGGUAAACAGCCGCCCGUGGUACCGCCGCCCAUCGCCCGAGAGCCGUGACGAGUUGUGCCAACGAAGCCGCAAGGCCCUCGAUAACCUCCGCAUGGUGCGACAAACUUUUAUUACUAACACAACGGAAACGCUUGUCGGCUGGUAUGGGCCGCUGAUGGACGGAACACCGCGUGAGGACAGCGACCGUCACGCGAAGAAUUUUAGCGGAAUCGUAGUCGGCUUGGUCUUUGAGGAACACAUGGGUAAUGCGAUGGAUAAAACCGAGGUCCUGUUGGACCAAGUGCUGAAUAUCUUCCACAGCGCGCAGCGGACGCGGGUGUGGUGGCCGUUGAGCCUCAAGGCCUUUGGGUCCUGGGUGUCGGGCAAGGGCAAUAAGGCCCCGACGAUGACACAGGUCUCGGACGAGGACCCGGAGGAACAGCCCGACGCGACCCAGUCGGUGCAAGAAAGACUCCGGCUGAGUCGCGGAUAUCGCGUCAAGCGUCGUAGCGCAAUCGGCCGUGCCAUCCUGGGCAUAUAUCACUGGUUCACGUGCAACGAAGGGCUCUACGCGAUGCGCAUGGUCGUGGUCACCAUUGCCAUUGGCAUCGUCUCGGCUCUGCCCAGUACAGCCGGUUUCUUCUAUCGGGAAAAAGGACUCUGGGCGUUGAUCAUGGCGCAAACCGGUCUCAUGCCAUACAUGGCCGACUUUAUCUUCUCGGUGAUUGCACGUGUUGUCGGCACCAUCGUCGGAGGCCUUUUGGGCCUGCUGGCAUGGUACAUCGGCUCCGGCAACGGACCAGGCAGUCCUUACGGACUGGCGGCUGUUAUGGCCGUGAUGCUGGUGAUUUUCCUCUGGUGCCGGCUGUACUCCCCUCCCAGUCUCCUCCAAGGCAGCAUCAUGGGAUGUGCCACCUUUCUGCUUGUAGUUGCAUACAGUUUCGACGACACCCACGUCCCGACCUACGGCAACCCCGGCGUAGGAUACACCGUCUUCUGGCGCCGUCUGCUGCUCGUCCUGAUCGGCAUUGGCGCGGGCACCAUCGUGCAGCUCUUUCCCCACCCCCCCUCCGCCGCCAAGCACAUCAGCAAGACCCUCUCCACUUCCAUCCGCGCCAUCUCCGACCAAUACGCCCUUCUCUUGUCGUGCUGGGCCCAGGGCCAGAAAGACGGCCGCCUCCUCGCCGAGCCCAUCGCGCUGCAAAUGGCCCAAUCCCUCGUCCUCCUCGACGGCCCCAUCCAGCUACUCCGCUACGAAUUCUCCAGCUCCCGCUUCGACAGCGCCAGCAUGGACCAAGUGAAACUCCUCUGCCAUGCCCUCAAUCGGAACCUCGGCCGCUUACUCGCCCUCUCCGCCUCCUUGCCGCAGGAGUACCAAGACCGGCUCGCGCGGAUGACCGGGCUGCUGGAUCACCGCUGCAUUGGUGAGGUCAUGGCCGUGCUGAGCGUGUGCGAGCAAGCCCUCAAAACCGGUGAUGCGCCGCCCGAGCUCCUGCCGACCCCGCUGCUGCAGCGGAGUAUGGAGUACUGGCACGCCCAUGCGAUGGAUACGCUGCUUUCGGCGGAGAUGCUGCGCGAUGAGCACUAUCGGAGAUACUGUGUGGGAGUGAGUGCGUAUGUUAAGUUUUUGGGGACGGUGGAUGAGUUGGUGUUGGUGGUUAAGGGGGUGUUGGGUGAGUCGCAUUUGGUUUCGUGGGAGCAGCAGGAGGUGUAAUGUGUAUGAUAGAGGGGGGGGGGAAAGGUGGCUUUGCACAUUUGCACAUUUGAUGGGAUUAUGUUAUAUAGCGUGGAAAUAG